AUGCGCAGAUCUGUCGGCGCCCACGUGGUGUCGACGCUUGUACUUGCCUUCGUUCUACUCUGCGCUGAUCCGACCUCUGCGCUGAUUCCAUACGAACCAUCGCAGCUACUCUACAGUCUCGACCAUAACGGCUCUUUUGCAUAUCUCUUGCAUGCUACGGGAUCUAGUCAGAAUGCCACCACGGAAUUCCUGGCCUUGAACGUAUCGGGAGUUGUCGACGCCGCGGAACCGCGUUAUUCGACUUUGACAAGCUCAUUACCCUUCCAGCACCAUGGGAACGGUUCAGCUUAUGUACCAACUGUCGACGCCGCUGGCGUAAUCAAGGUACUCUCAGGUGGCUGCCGGGAUACCUUGGACCAAGGCGCGCUGUGGCAGUUCACACCCAAAGCAAACGAUUCCACGGGCAAUGGCACUUGGGAACGGCUGGCCAUAGGUGGCUCCGCAACCCAGUCCAGUGUCGCUAUGCAUGGGCCCAAUUUCCUUUCGGCGGGUUUUGCAUAUGCGCCCACCAAUACAUCUGACAGUUCCAUCUAUGCAUUCGGCGGCAUGUGCCCAUUCACGAAUACCACAAACCAAACCUGGAUGGCUACGGCAAACUAUUCUCAGUCGAUGAUCGUUCUAUAUCCUCAUACUUCCGGGGAUACUGUGGUUUAUGACGCCUCUACAACUGGCAGUCGAGCCCCUCCUAUCGCGGAGGCCGGGUUUACAAUCACACCUCUACAGGCGUCCUAUGCAUAUUCCUCCACUGGAGAGCCGCGCAAGCAGCAAGAUUUCCUCCUGAUUGGAGGCCAGACCCGGGACGCCUUCAUAAACAUGUCGCAGCUUGCCGUCUUUUCUCUCCCGCAGAAUAGCUGGAGCUUUGUGAAUGUGAUGACUGCACCGACCACGCUCAAAACAGAACUUGCCGUACGAGAAGUCAACCUCGUGGAGCCAAGGUCGGGGCAUACAGCAGUUCUGUCUCCGGACGGUAGCCAAGUCAUCGUCUACGGAGGCUGGGUAGGGAACACGAGCACCGCAGCUCAACCGCAGCUAGCUAUCCUGGAGCUUGAAGCGGACUACGAAGCAUGGACCUGGAGGAUACCAUCGAUGACAAAUCCAGAAACUGAUGAAGCGACGGGAAUAUAUGGGCAUGGUGCCACAAUGCUUCCUGGGGGAGUGAUGAUGAUCGCAGGGGGACAAACUAUUUCGAAUCGAUCUUCCAAACUCUCUUCCAGAAGCUCUCUAGACAACUCGCAGGUUUAUUUGUACAAUGUCACGUCGGGACAUUGGGUAUCAUCCUAUGAAAACCCUUACUCGCGAAAAGCCAGCGGAUCUGCUUCUGGCACCUCGAAUUCGCGUACGAAGACCGGACUUGGCGUCGGUCUGGGGCUGGGGAUCCCCGCCGUGAUUUGUUUAGCAGUCUUCCUUUUCUUCUACAGCCGCAGGCGCUACAAGCGUCGCUCACGCGAUCAGGAACUACGUAACUUGGCCCUUGGAGCAGAAAGAGCUCAUUUCUGGGGUGGCGAGGGGCCAAAUAUGGCGAGCAGCAUACGCAGGCCCUUUUCAGGGGAGAUGGAAGAUAUUGCCGACUGGAAGAGUAAGCGCGGAUCUGGGCAGUCGUCUGUCUGGCGUGAUAAGGCAGGGGGGACAAUCGCGGAGAGCACUGGCCUGCUUGGGGAAGCAUUGAGUCCCACCAAGUCCAACCUGUCUGGCCCAACAGCGAGAUUGUACCGGCCUCCAACCCAAUACAGCGAGUUUCGCAGAAGCGAUGCCACCGGAGAAAUCCAUCCAAUUGACGAGCGCGAAGAAGACGAGGCAAAGAACCCCGGAAUGAUCAUUGCGCAGGAGACAUACGACCAGCCAAGAGGAUCAGCCAUUCUACCGCCCUUGGGCGCCUACUCAGCUGUCCCCCUCGUACCCCCCGAAUUCAUUGCUGGGAUUGGCAUCGAUCCAGACGGUGGUCCCGCCUCUCCAGACAAAGGAGACCGGACUUCAUCCAACCUGUCCGAUUCAUCAACCGCUUCCGCGAAGUCCAUCAUCCAAGCCCGUGCUCUCAAUCUCCCGCACCUCUCCUCCUCCAAUCAGUCGAUAAGUGGACGCCAAAUACUCCUGAGCAGCCGAGAUGGCCCCCGCAGCCGGCCGAACAGCAUGGCGCUUUCCUUCGUUGAGCAAUGCUAUACCUCGGACUCCUACUCGACUGCACAGACCUCGGUGUCUCAACGUCAAUCCGAAGGCGAACACCUCCUCCAACAUCACCAGCACUCUCAGAGCCUCGACGAGCCUACCUCCCCUCUUGCUCAAACGCUCGAGCUCUUCCCUAUGCCCGACAGCAAACCCACUGCCUUGCCCACUGUCGGCAGGCCCCGAACCUCCGACUGGAUCGGCCACAAUGUCCGCCGCGUCCUCUCUCUCACCCGGCGCCGACCACCCACGGCAGACUUCCCCGAACCCUCCGGGGCUUUCACCUCCAUCGCCUCCGGCAUCGACAUCAACCUCGACCGCCGAAGCACCGUCGUCGGCAACGGUAACAGCCGCCCGUCCCACGAAACCCCCCUGGCUCCCGGAUACGGGAACACGCGGAUCCCGCGCCGCUCCGUCAGCGCCUCCGCCGAGCUCUUCCGCCGCAAACAGGGGGCCAGGGACUGGGGAGCCGGGAAGAGAAGCUCGGUCGCCGCUGGCCCGUCGUGGCGCGACGACACGGGGAUUGGUGACGAGCUUGGCGGAUUAUAUUCCGAUGGCGGCCUGCGACGGUAUGCUGAUGCCGAUGGCGCCGAGGAUGGGGAUGACGACUGGGACGUCGAGGGGGCGGCGGAGGGCCGACGAGUGCAAGUGACCUUCACGGUGCCGAAAGAGAAGUUGCGGGUCGUGAACGCUACGGCGGGCGAGUUGGAUGGCGUUUCGGAGAGGUCCGUGAGUGGUGGCAUUCCUCGCAUGGUCCGCGAGAUUUGA